UAGGAAAAACGUGGGACUCCCACAGAGGACAAUGAACGACGGUAGCACACUGCUGAACAGAUUUACCUAAGUGUUCACUCACAGAUGAAAACAAAACUGAUGAAAAGGAAUUUGUCUUGAUAAAGGAUCUACACAAACAAGGAUUGGCAUGUCUACCCAUGGGAUUUUGAUUGUAUACAGUGCCCUUGUAUCUCUGAAAGAUGUUGCAUUGUUCCACGUUCUUACCACCAUUAUUAGGAUUUACUUACAACUACAUGUAACGCCGGAAUCUACAUCAGGUGCCUCGUCUAUGCUGGUCCCAGAUGAACAGCGCCUGUAUGAGAAUGUGAUGCUGGGGUAUGAGAAGAGUGUACGACCCGUGAUCAACGCCAGUACUGUGCUCAGCGUCACGUUCGGUCUCAAACUCAACCAAAUCAUAGAUCUGGAUGAACGUCAUCAGGUUCUCACAACAAAUGUCUUCAUUGAUCAGGCUUGGAAAGAUGAAAAUUUGCGGUGGGAUCCUGCCAACUAUAGCCAGAUUCGAUCAAUCCGUGUACCGUCCAAACGAGUGUGGCUUCCGGACACCUUCAUAUACAAUAAUGCCGAUGAUGGGUCAACAGGUUUCAUGCAGGGAACGUAUGUUCUGUUGAAUUAUGACGGCAUUGUGGUGUGGCCAGUUCCUGUUAAAUUGAAAAGCUCUUGUAAAGUGGAUAUUACCUACUUUCCAUUCGAUGAUCAGGAAUGUAUUUUGAGGUUUGGGUCCUGGAUUUAUAGUGGAUCUUGGAUAGACUAUCAUUCGCUGCACAACAACACCAGUUCUCCAGUGGAUCUCACCGCUUAUGUAAACAAUAGUGAGUGGGAUCUAUUGUCCGUGACGUUAAAGAAAAACAUUCGAACACAUUCCUGUUGUGCUGACCCGCAUCCAGACAUAACCUACGUCCUCCAUAUCCGUCGAAAAACAUUUUAUUACAUUUUCAACAUCAUAGUUCCGUGUGUAAUGCUAUCUGCCUUGACAUUAUUAACUUUUUGGCUUCCUCCGACCUCUGGAGAAAAGAUAACGCUCGGACUCUCGGUCUUCCUCGCCUUUUCCAUGUUCAUGCUACUUAUUGCUGAGGAGGUUCCAGCUACUUCAGAAUCCGUUCCAUUAAUAGGUAUAUACCUUUGUGUGGUGAUGACAAUGACGUCACUGUCCGUCAUCAUGGCUGUCAUUGUCAUAAAUUUGUACAACAGAGGACACAAAACAAAACGGGCACCUGUUUGGUUGAGGGUUGUGACUCUUGUCUGGCUGUCUAAGAUCAUGUUUCUUAAACACGACUUAUUCAAAUUCGCUAAAGAUGUUGUUUUAGAUGACGAGAGAAAAGGUGCCUACGCCUGCAAGAAACAUUCAUUUACUUCCAAGCAAAAUGACGAUGUUUUAUACCAGGAAUUAGAAACCCUGUCUCUGGAAAAUCAAUUCAUGCAAAAUCGAGUAAAAGUUGGCAAGGCGGAAGGAAGUAUAUCAGAAGCGCGGGGUAAUGAGAGUGGGGAUGAAUAUCAGCCGCUGAACGAGAGAACUGACAAGGCAGAUAUAUCAGAAGACGGGGACUGUGAAAUUUCUGAUUCUGAGGAGACUGGGGACAAUAAUAAUACAACCAAAGAAAAAAUGCUGCUGGAAACAGGAAAGUCAAGGGCACCGGAAGUGUGUAGAACUCGGUCUUCAUUGUUUCAGCGGAAGCUGAUUGUGGCAGAGUGGCAACAGAUUGCGUCUGUGAUUGACCGAGUGUUGUUCUGGUUCUACUUCUUAAGCACUGUCGUGUCCUACAUUUUAAUUCUUGUCGUCGUUCCUAACUACAAUUAUAAAAAGUGGAACGAGGAGCUCUGGAGUGAACAGUACAACUACCACUCAGUAUAAGAGUUUUAUUGGGGAAUUUCUGUUUGAAGUUUCAAGUUUCUAGAGUGACAGUGCUAGUUUUCAUGAAUUGUUUGUUUCUUCCUUAUUGUCCUUGUCAAACUUCAGACUAAAGUACGUUCACAUCAACAUCCAAGGUCAGCUGUGUCCUUGGUGAAUGAAAUCCAUGACAUAAUCACGAUGCUACAUGUAAAUAUCAUACACGAAAUGAAUCAUUUGCCUUUUACAUGAAAUAAAUGAAAAAGGAGAGAAAA